AAUGAGAUGGCUCAAAAAGAAGAUCUCUUCAUCCCUCUCUCUCUCGUACCAUUCAUUCAAUUCAUUAUUGUUGAGACACUCUUUCUCUCUGCAUGCAUCUCUCUCUCUCUCUCUCUUGAUCUCCCGUAGUUGUCAGGAUUUAGGAUUUUUUUUUUAAUAAAAAAGAUCAGUGUCCAAUCUCUCUUAUCAUCUUCGAAAGUUUCCUAUUAUUUCAUUCUUCUUCUCAUCCUCAGUUUUCUCUAACUAAGAGACAAUCUUCUUUUGCAUCUCUCUCUCUCUGCAAACAAAAGCCAAAUCCAAAAAAAAAAACAGAGAGCAAUGAAGAAAAUCGUGUUAAAGUUGGAUCUGCAUGAUGAUAAGGCCAAACAAAAAGCUCUUAAAACAGUUUCUACUCUCCCAGGUAUCGAUUCGAUUGCAAUGGACAUGAAAGAGAAGAAGUUAACGGUGAUAGGAACCGUGGAUCCUGUUAAUGUAGUCAGUAAGCUAAGGAAGUAUUGGCCGAUGACGGAUAUCAUACUGGUGGGACCUGCAAAGGAGCCGGAAAAGGAGAAGAAGGAGGAGCCAAAAAAGGAAGGUGGUGGCGAGCCGCCGAAGAAAGAAGGAGAAGCUCCAAAAGAAGAAGGUAAAAAGGAAGGAGAAGCUCCGAAGAAGGAAGAAGAGAAGAAAGAAGGUGGCGAUAAGAAGGAAGGAGAGAAGAAAGAUCAACCACAACCGCAGCCACUGCCUCAACCACCACCACCAGAUCAUGUAUUGGAGCUUGUAAAGGCGUAUAAAGCAUAUAAUCCUCAUCUAACAACGUAUUACUACGCCCAAAGCAUUGAGGAAAACCCUAACGCUUGCGUUAUAUGUUGAAAAACAUGUAUAAUGUAAUAUAAUUUGGGUGAAAAAUGUGAAAAGAUAGACCGAUCUAUACUGAAGAAGAAGAAUAAGAAAUAGAGGAUAUAUCUUAGACUAAGAUAUGUCGAUUAGGAUUAGAUCACUUAUGUUCUUUUCCUACAUAACGGGGGAGGGGAUUGAAGUUCAUGUUUCGAAACAGGUUCUUAUUUCGAUGAUAUGUUUUGUGUAUAUAUCGUUGGAAUGUACUAUAAUUUCUAUUGUUUAUUUGUUUGUUUGAACUUUGAAGGGAACUUUUGUAUACAUAUAUACAGUAGGAUGGUGUUAUAUA